GGCCUUAGCCCCGCCCUAAGACCUGUCUACUGGGCUCUGCUCCGAGUCCCACCUGCUGAACCCAAUCAUCGUUUAGCCCCGCCCUAAUGCCCGCCUCCAGGACUCUUAUCCUGCCCCCACGCAAGGCCCCGCCUCCAGGACGCCACCAACCUGGACGUUUCCGAAGCCCCGCUUCCAGGAUCGCCCUAUCCUGGUCCCGCCCCAGGACCUGCCCCAACAACGCUUAUCCUGGCCCUACCCCAGGCCUCGCCCUCUUGGCACUCAUCCUGGCCCCACCCCGGGCCCCGCCUCAGGGUCCGCCCCCGGGUCCGCCCCCACGUCGCUCCACCUGGCCCUACCCCGGGCCCCUCCCCCUCUCUGCCGCGACUCACUGCCUCGGGCCUGCCCCUUCUUCAGUCCAGGGCCGGCUUCCGCCCGGUCUCCCAGCAACGCCGCGGCCCCGCCCACGUCAUGGCGCCGGAGGAGGAUGCGGGGACCGAACUCUUGCUGCAGAGUUUCGAGCGCCGCUUCCUGGCGGCGCGCGCGCUGCGCUCCUUCCCCUGGCAGAGCUUAGAAGCAAAGUUAAGAGACUCAUCAGAUUCUGAGCUGCUGCGGGAUAUUUUGCAGAAGACUGUGAAGCACCCUGUGUGUGUGAAGCACCCGCCGUCAGUCAAGUAUGCCCGGUGCUUUCUCUCAGAACUCAUCAAAAAGCACGAGGCUGUCCACACGGAGCCUUUGGACGAGCUGUACAAGGCGCUGGCGGAGACCCUGAUGGCCGAGGAGUCCCCCCAUGGCCACCGGAGCUAUUUGCUGCCCUCGGGAGGCUCGGUCACGCUCUCCGAGAGCACAGCCAUCAUCUCCCACGGCACCACGGGCCUGGUCACAUGGGACGCUGCCCUCUACCUUGCAGAAUGGGCCAUCGAGAACCCGGCAGCCUUCACUGACAGGACUGUCCUAGAGCUUGGCAGUGGCGCCGGCCUCACAGGCCUGGCCAUCUGCAAGAUGUGCCGCCCCCGGGCAUACAUCUUCAGCGACUGUCACAGCCGGGUCCUCGAGCAGCUCCGAGGGAAUGUCCUUCUCAAUGGCCUCUCGUUGGAGGCAGACAUCACUGCCAACUUAGACAGCCCCAGGGUGACAGUGGCCCAGCUGGACUGGGACGUCACGACAGUCCGUCAGCUCUCUGCCUUCCAGCCAGAUGUUGUCAUCGCGGCAGAUGUGCUGUAUUGUCCAGAAGCCAUCGUGUCGCUGGUCGGGGUCCUGCGGAGGCUGGCUGCCUGCCGGGAGCACCAGCGGGCUCCUGAGGUCUACGUGGCCUUCACCGUCCGCAACCCGGAGACAUGCCAGCUGUUCACCACCGAACUAGGCCGGGCCGGGAUCAGAUGGGAGGCCGAACCUCGUCAUGACCAGAAGCUGUUUCCCUACGAGGAGCACUUGGAAAUGGCAAUUCUGAACCUCACACUGUAGGCCUCACACACGCCUUCCAACGUGACUGUGAGAAUCAAGUCACUAUCGUGGGAAGAAUUUUUAUAUGGGAAAGCGGAUAAAACUUUCAGUGGACUGGAAUGUUUGAAGAAUGUUAAAUUCCAAACCAGGAACCACAAACUGCCCUCUAAUAAGACAUCGGCUGUCUAAGCGUGGGGGUGCCCCCUUUCUGCCAGCAGUUCUGGUUCUUAAGAAAAUCACCAUAAAUCAGACGUGAAAAUUCUGGCUCCAAAAAUAGCAUUUUCUUUGCACAAAUAAAAAUGUGUGUAUCAAGUAUGAUGUUCCCCCAACGUGGACACACUCAGUUCCUCACAAAGCCAAGCCCGCUGCAGAUGCCACAUCCCUGGGCUUACGGUGCAGCCGGUGCUUUUUUUCAAGACAGGAAUCAAAACGUUAGGAACACGGCAGAAAGGCGACACCUGGAGACCAAACACAGGAGGAGGAGUCCUGCAGAGGUCAUGGGGAAGUCACAGAACAGUAAUACGCUAGCAGGGGCAUGGGGCGUGAAGAACAGAAGAGAGGAAAUGUUUCUGAGCCUCCAAAGAAGAAAUUAGGGCCAACCACAGCUUCCGGGGUCCCAACCAAUUCAUUCACCAGGCGGCACCACUGCCGUCAUUUCAGCUACUGGCCACUGGGAGGCGCUGCUUGAAAGGGUUUGCCCUGAGACUCCCAAGAAGCUGUAGGGAGGGCAGCCGGGGUCCUGGGGUUUUAGCCUCUGGCCCAGGAGUCAUGUGUCCAUAACCAAAGGGAGCACAGUCUGCACCCAGCUCUCAUCCCAUCGGAGCUGCUCCGACUCCCGCAGGUUCUUCCGGAACUGGUUUAGCUUGCCCGCAGGAUCAGGGAAGUUUGAGAAAAGCAUCUGCGAAAAAAUAAAGAGCAGAGCUUACCUCAUUGCCUGUCCCCACCCCAUCCCAGGUCCCUGACCCAGCAACACCCCCUCCCAAGUCCCUAACUCCCUCACUUGGACUCAGACCCUUCACGCCCCAGCAGCGCUCCGCCUCCAACUUGACAUCACACUUUCUGGAAACUUCCCCACAUAUCCCACUUUCCCACACUUGGUGCCCUGGAGCACCUCCCAGCCUCUACAUGCUGUGCCUUCCCCUGGAGCACCCUCCUCUCGGCCUCUGGCCAACACAAUCCGACGCAUCUGUGCGUAACAAGGGGGUGUCAGUGUUCUUUUCAGCCUUGCUAAACUGUCUGAAUCAAGGAGCACAAACUACAGCCUGCAGGCCAAAUCCAGCCCACAGCCUGUCUGUAUAUAAAGUUUUAUUGGAACAAAGCCA